UUUCAUGGUGAUGGGGUCUCAGCGUGGCGUUAUGGAAGACCCUAAAUCUCAGACAUUGCCCAGGCAAGGUUCUCUCUAUAGCUUAACACUCGGCGAGGUUCAAACCCACUUGGCAAGUUCGGGGAAGCCUCUUGGAAGCAUGAACCUCGACGAACUGCUCAAGAGUGUCUGGUCUGCUGAAGCUAACCAAUCACCGGUCAAUGUCCCGGCACAAGGCCUGUCUCGCCAGGGAAGCUUGACUUUGCCCGGCGAACUUAGCAAGAAGACAGUUGAUGAGGUCUGGAGAGAGAUUCAGCAGAGCAAGAGAGGAGGCAGUGCCCAAGAGAGGAAAGAUAAGAGGCAGAAGCAGUCGACGACGCUCGGUGAAAUGACGCUCGAGGACUUGUUGUUGAAGGCCGGGGUGGUGACAGAAACAAUCCCUGAUCCGAACGAGGCCGGUAAUGGAGGUUCUUGUCCUACUGGUUUAGGGCAACACAUUCCUCAGCACGGCCCUUGGCUGCAAUACCAAGCGUUUAUGCCAUACCCAGUUUCAGAAAUGCAGGCAAUGAUGGGUGGGUUGUCAGAUACACAGGCACCUGGCCGGAAUAGGGUGGCAUCUGGAGAUGUUGUGGGGAAGACAGUAGAGAGGAGGCAGAAGAGAAUGAUCAAGAACAGAGAGUCUGCUGCUCGUUCACGAGCCCGGACCAAUGAUGAGCAGGCUUACACCCAUGAGCUCGAGAUCAAGGUUUUGCAGUUAGAGGAAGAGAAUAAGAGAUUAAGGAGACAAAAGGAAGUGGAGAAGGUCCUUCCGAGUGCACCACCACCACCCGAUCCAAAGCGGCAGUUGCAGCGGACGAGCUCUGCCCCUUUCUGAACCUCUCCACCCUUCUCUUCUCUGCGUCAGUUCCUUUGUGUUUGCCUUGUAAAACUGGGGGGAAAUAACAAAAGAGAAGAGGGGAAAAAAAAGGGAUCUUUCUUUCUUUGUGCAUUCAGAACACUCUAUGCUCAGCUGUCGCAAACUUUCUUGCCUUUGAUCAUUGAUGAGAUUUUCACAAAGUGUAGUAGUACAUUGACUGACACAAUCAUAUGAUGCAACACACA